AUGCCUUCCACCAACAACACCUCUUCUCAGAAGCCCGGUUACCCUCUGGGCUGCAACGUUAUGAAGCAGCCUGAACAGAAGCCCGGCUACCCUCUCGGCUGCAUUGUCAUCAAUUUGACAACUAAAAACGCGAAACCAACUAACGACAACGCAAUGGCGAAGUGUUCGCUUUCAAACGACAAAUUGGAGGAAGAUGGAGAUGAUAUGGCAAGGAGAGGAUUCAAUGGCUUGUUUACUUUUGCUUUUACCUGGCUCUAA